AUCCGCAGCGAAAACCAACAACGGAGGCAGGAACGAGGCGGAAGAAAGAAAAAAAAUCCAGCUCGUCGGCUUCCCCGAACCACUUGAGCAGGGGAGGGGCGACGCGCGACCCAAUCCGACCCAACCCAGUCCAUUGCCGCCUCCACCAUGAACAGUACCAGGCAAAUAGAUUACUUAUAGUAGAUUACAAUCAGAGACGGCGAGAGAGGAAAGCAGAGUAGAAUCAUCUUAUCAUACUCCAUGACUCCAUCGCUAGGCUAGAGGGAGAGGGAGAGAGACGUCCCCCUUUGUUUCCUCGCUUGAGCCCAUCUCCUCGCAGCGACAAACCCAAGGAAGCGGAGGAUAGGAGAUUUGAUUAGUAGCUGGGAGCGUUGUGGGGGGGGGGGGGGGGGGAUGCAGCGGCGGCGGGGGCACACGUGGACCGGGGUGGGGAAGACGGCGCAGGCGGCAGCGGCGCACGUCGCGCUCUUCUGCUUCACGCUCCUCCUCGCGCUCAGGGUCGACGGCCGCACCACCUACUCCUGGUGGAUAAUAUUCAUUCCGCUUUGGCUCUUUCAUGUUAUUGUUGCACGUGGAAGGUUUUCAAUGCCAGCCCCUUCAUUGCCUCAUGGCCGUCAUUGGGCACCUUGCCAUUCGAUUGUUGCAGCUCCUUUGCUGGUUGCAUUCGAGCUGCUUCUUUGCAUAUAUCUUGAAAGCAUAAGAGUUAGAAAUCACCCAUCUGUUGAUCUGAAGAUUGUCUUCCUUCCUCUGCUGGCCUUUGAGGCAAUUAUCCUUAUCGACAAUUUUAGAAUGUGUAGAGCUUUAAUGCCAGGAGAUGAAGAAAGCAUGAGCGAUGAAGCUAUUUGGGAGACACUUCCUCAUUUUUGGGUUGCAAUUUCAAUGGUGUUUCUUAUAGCAGCUACAACAUUCACACUUCUCAAGCUAUCUGGUGAUGUUGGCGCUUUGGGAUGGUGGGAUUUAUUUAUAAAUUAUGGGAUUGCGGAGUGUUUUGCAUUUCUUGUUUGUACAAGAUGGUUUAAUCCCAUGAUUCAUAAGCCUCCCACUCAUGGAGAGGCUAGCUCAUCAUCAGCGGCAAUUAGAUAUCGUGAUUGGGAAAGUGGCCUUGUCCUCCCAUCACUAGAAGAUCACGAACAAGAGAAGCUUUGUGGUCUCCCUGAUAUCGGAGGUCACAUAAUGAAAGUACCUCUGGUGGCUUUCCAAGUUUUGCUUUGUAUGCGAUUGGAGGGCACACCACCCAGCGCUCGUUACAUUCCAAUACCUGCUCUUUUCUCCCCACUAUUUAUUCUGCAAGGUGCUGGUGUCCUUUUCUCUGUAGCAAGAUUGGUGGAGAAGGUUGUUCUGCUAUUACGGAAUGGACCAGUUAGUCCUAAUUACCUUACAGCCUCAUCGAAAGUCCGUGAUUGCUUUGCUUUCCUUCAUCGUGGUUCAAGGCUUCUUGGUUGGUGGUCUAUCGAUGAAGGCAGCAAGGAAGAGCAAGCCCGGUUGUUUUAUACUGAAUCUACUGGGUACAACACAUUUUGUGGCUAUCCACCGGAGGUAGUUAAGAAAAUGCCUAAAAAGGAUCUCGCUGAAGAGGUUUGGAGGCUACAGGCAGCGUUGGGUGAGCAAUCUGAAAUUACCAAGUGUACCAAACAGGAAUAUGAGAGGCUUCAAAAUGAGAAGAUUCUUUGUAGGAUUUGCUACGAGGGAGAGAUAUGCAUGGUCCUACUUCCCUGCCGUCAUAGAACUUUAUGCAAGUCUUGUGUUGAGAAGUGCAAGAAGUGUCCAAUUUGCCGUGUGCCAAUCGAAGAGCGCAUGCUUGUAUAUGAUGUUUAAACCUCACUAGCUAACCCAGCUUAAACAUUACAAAUUUGUACAUGUGGGUUCUGUUAUGUCGUGCAUUUGGACUCGAUCACAACUUUAAGCUGAUUGAGGUUUGCACAACUUCAGAAAGGUUCACCGUAUAUGGGGAAAAUACAAGUAUAUCAUGCCUAACCAAAAGCAGGGAAAAAGGUAGCCGAUGAACAUUUUGCUGGUUCCAAUUAUCUACUGUAAGUAUGUGAUCAGUGUACUUCCUUUCCUUUUGUGAUUGAUAGAUGUUCCGGUUAGUUUUGUUUGGGUAGCAUCUUCUCAUGGGUAUGCAGUUGUCCAAAUGUAAAUAAAAACAAUGCCUUGUUUGAGUGUAGUCCUCCUUGGUUGAAAGAAGAAUGAUAGCAAAGAAAAUAUACUCUUCGGGGAGAAAAAUAUACUCUUUUGGGGGUCUUUAGUUCGCAUACAAUUGCAGCAGAAAUGCGAAUAUCUGCGCCAGAUUAUCAGUUUGCAACUGUUCAUCUUAGUGUUUAGUUGUAAAAGAGGGGUUGCAUUGUGUAGCCUGAUUGAGUGGAAGUAUGCUGUGGAACAUGAUAGUUUUUGAAAAAAGUGUAUGGUUGUUUGUACGAGUGUAUGUAAUGGUGGAUGGAGUGAAUAUGUGAAGAUGUUUGGUUGCUGGUAUGAAUAGGUGUAAUGAUCAUGUGAUAUGAGAUUGACGAGUGGAUCUUA